AUGUGUUUGAUUUACAUGGCUGAUGAAACAUUCCGAUUUACUCUAUGGGUUGGAGGUAGGUUUGUUCGUGAUAGAAUAGUAGAGUAUGUUGAUGGUCAUAGUAGUGAGUGGCUCUAUGAUCCAGACAAGCUGAGCUACUUUGAGAUUUUACACUUGGUACAAGAUAUGGGUUACUCUAAUAUUGAGAAAUUCCACUAUUUAAUGCCGGGUAAGAAUUUUGAGAAUGGUCUAAGAUUAAUUGAAGAUGACACUUCAGUACAGGAAAUGAUGCGACUUUGGGCAAAUAUUGACGGUACAUGUGAGAUAUUUAUUGAACAUGGUGAAGACGUGAGUGUUGGCAUUGGUGAUGGGUUAGUGGGGGGAUUGAUAAACGUCGAAGAAGAUGAAGGAGUUUUAAUGCCUAUUGAUGGGCAAAAUCAUGAAAUCGAAGAGGAUGAUGAGCUUGUUGAGGUCCCAUGGUUGUCUGACAAUGAAGAAGAAGAACUUCAAGCGGCUAGGGGAAAAAUUAGAACUUUUAAGGGAGAAAAUGCAUAUAGAGUUGCUAGGUUGCUGGAGAUACCUAGUGAAAUAGAUGUUGAAGUAAGACGAAGAUGGGGGAGGAAAGAGGCUAUAACAACCCAUUGUGAAGAUAAUGUUGAGCUUGAGACUGAAUGCUUUGACUCAAGUGAUUCUAAUUGGAGCUUUGUCACGAGUGAUGAAGAUGAACUAGAGACAGAGGAGGCUGUUAGAAGGAAAAGCACACAUGCGCAGUAUGAUGAAACCACAGAGAUACCUCACUUUGCACUAAAUAUGGUAUUUGAUGGCCCUAAGCAGUUUAAGGAAGCUAUCAACAAAUAUGCAGCUACCAGAAGAGUUAAUAUUGAUUUUAUCAAGAAUGACAAGGUGAGAGUUAAGGCCAAAUGUAAAGCUAAAAAUUGUAACUGGUUAAUUUAUGCAGCUAGAGAUAAUAAGACAGGCUUGUUUACAGUGAAAACUUUCAAGGAUGAGCACACGUGCUCUUGGUCUUUUCAAGUGAGGAGGUUUACAUCUACGUACAUGGCGAAGCAUUAUCUAAGCUUGUGGAGGGCAGCUCCUUCAAUGAAGUUGCAGGAGUUCAAGAAAAUUGUGCGAGAGCAAAUGAGCUUAGAUGUCACCAUAAGCCAGUGUAGAAGGACUAAGCGAAGGGUAAUCGAAAGACUAAACGGGAUGUACUCCUAUGAGUUCAAUAGGUUGUGGAAUUAUUGUGAAGAAAUUAUUCAUAGAAAUCCUCGAAAUACUGUGAAGGUAAAGUUUAUAAGAGAAUCACCAAAUUCAAGACCCAUCUUCCAACGAUUUUAUGUUUGCUUUGAUGCCGUGAGAAAGGGAUUCCUUGAAGGUUGCAGACCUUUGAUAGGGUUGGAUGGAUGUUUCUUAAAAGGAAUGUUGAAGGGUGAGUUAUUGACUGCUGUGGGGAGGGAUGCAAAUAAUCAAAUGUACCCUAUCGCAUGGGCCGUUGUUGAGGUCGAGAAUAAGGAUUCAUGGGGCUGGUUUGUAGAGGCCUUAAAGAACGAUCUUGGCACAAAGGAUGGUUUAGGAUACACAGUGAUCUCAGUUCAACAUAAGGGGCUUGUGCAGGUACCGGAGGAGGAGAUGUCAUCGGCUGAGCACCGACGAUGUGCAAGACAUAUCUAUGCAAAUUGGCGCAAGAAGAAUGGGGGAAAUGAUUGUCGCAAGCAAUUUUGGAUGUGUGCAAAGUCAACAACAAUCCCGCAAUUUGAAAAACACCUCGAGAAAUUGGAUAAGAUGAGCAAGACAGGAAAGGCUGAUUUGAUGAGGAUUGCUCCAAAAUAUUGGUGCAAGGCUCACUUUAAAACUAUAUGCAAGUCAGAUAUUGUGGACAAUAACUUGUCAGAAGCAUUUAAUGGAUCGAUACUGGAAGCUAGACACAUGCCUAUCAUAUCUAUGCUUGAGGCAAUUAGAGAGAAGAUAGUGACAAGAAUGCGUGAAAAAAGAGAUGCAUGUCAAAGAUGGAAAAGGGAAAUUGCGCCAAGGAUAUUAGAGAAGAUAGAAGGCAAUAAAAAAGAAAGUGCCUUUUGUCAUGUGCUUUGGAAUGGAGAAGAUGGAUUUGAAGUGCGCCAUAGGAACGAUAAAUUUGUAGUGGACAUAAGAAACAACUCUUGUUCUUGCAGGGCAUGGGACUUGAGUGGGAUUCCAUGCCCUCAUGCAAUCUGUGUCAUACUAUUCAAAGGGGAGGAGAUAGAAACUUUUGUCGCCCACUGGUAUAAGAAGGAUAUCUAUUUAAAGACAUACAGUCACUACUUGGAAGCAAUGAAUGGCGAUAACCUGUGGCCUUCUAAUGAUAGAGAACCUUUGGUGGCACCAAUGCCUCGGGUUAUGCUCGGUAGGCCUAAACAGAAAAGGAUAAGAGAGGAAGGAGAAUCUAAAAAUGGAUUCAAAGUGUCAAGACAAGGAUGA